GGGGAGAGUUUGAGAGAGGGUGGGGAGGAAGGAGGAGAGAGGGAAGGAGAAGCUUACACACGCCUUCCAGUCACUACCACUCAGAGCCUAGUUCCCUUCGAUCGCAGCUGCGGCUGCUACUGCUGCCGCUGCUGCCGCUGCUACCGCCGCCGCUGCCACUGCCACCGCCACCACUGCCUCUGCCGCUACCGCUGCCACCUGAGGAGAGCUGCAAGACCCGCUGUUUCUCAUCACCUUUCUCCAGUGAUUUUGUUCAUAGCACCUGGGCUUUUUUUUUUCAAUUGCGAUUAUUAUUGCAAGAGAAAGAAAUUAAAGAAAAUAAGGACCACCUGCAAAUUACAAAAUUACUCAGUUGUCUCGGGUGGGGGGAAAGCUCUCGUGGUUCACCAGCAGGGAGGGAAACUGCUUUGGGGGUUUGUGGGGGAGGGGGGAAUUGGUGGCACUGGCCGUUGGAAAGUUGCGUUCGAGGAAGAGGACAAGGUGCAGCCCCAGAUCCUGGGGGGGGCGGUGUGUUUGUGCGAAGCUGCUGCCCCCCAUUCCCCCUUUCCCAUUCCUAACCUCCAAGUGGUACUAUUACCGAGGGGACUAGAGGACGACGCCCCCCUCCUGUGAAGUGGACUGUGUUCUUCCACACAGAAGAGGAGGAGGAGGAGGAGGAAGAGGAGGAGGAGGAGGAAUAUGGCACCGACAGCAGCCCACUCCUGUCGACUGGUCGUAAGCCUCCUGAUCUCUGCCGCCGUUCUUAGGCCAGGCCUUGGAUUGUAUACUGUAAAUUCAGUAUAUGGAGAUACCAUUGUUAUGCCUUGCCGUCUUGAAGUACCUCAGACCCUUAUGUUUGGAAAAUGGAAAUACGAAAAGCCUGACGGCAGCCCAGUAUUUAUUGCCUUCCGAUCCUCUACGAGAAAAAAUGUGCAAUAUGAUGAAGUACCGGAAUACAAAGACAGAUUAAGCCUCUCGGAAAACUACACCUUAUCCAUCAGUCAUGCGAGGAUCAGUGAUGAAAAGAGAUUUGUGUGCAUGCUAGUUACAGAGGACAAUGUGUUCGAGGCCCCGACAGUGGUCAAGGUGUUCAAGCUACCAUCAAAACCUGAAAUUGUAAAUAAAGCACCAUUCUUGGAAACGGAACAGCUGAAAAAGUUGGGUGAUUGUGUUUCAAAAGACAGUUAUCCAGAUGUCAACAUUACAUGGUACAGGAAUGGAAAAACUUUGGACCCUUCGGAAGGUGUGGUCACAACUUUACAAAGACAAGUGGAUCCAACAACUCAACUCUCCACUGUAACUUCAUCUCUAGUGUACAAGACAACAAAAAAUGAUAUAAAGAUACCAUUCACAUGUUCUGUGACAUAUUAUGGUCCAUCUGGCCAAAAAACCAUUCAUUCUGAUCAAGCAAUCUUCGAUAUUUACUAUCCCACAGAGAAGGUGACAAUUCAAGUAUUACCACCCAAAAAUGCCAUUAAGGAAGGAGACAACAUCACUCUAAAAUGUUUAGGAAAUGGUAACCCCCCUCCAGAGGAGUUUUUGUUUUACCUCCCAGGACAGCCAGAAGGUAUAAGAAGCUCGAAUACUUAUGUAUUGACAGAUGUGAGACGAAAUGCGUCAGGAGACUACAAAUGUUCUCUAACAGAUGAAAAAAGCAUGAUUGCUUCCACGACCAUCACAGUGCACUAUUUGGAUUUGUCCCUUAACCCAAGUGGAGAAGUUACUAAGCAAAUUGGAGAUGCUCUUCCUGUGACAUGUACGAUAUCUUCAAGUAGGAAUGCAACUGUUGUUUGGUUGAAAGAUAACACUAAGCUGCGGUCUAGGCCAUCAUUUUCCAGUCUACAGUAUCAGGAUGCUGGGAACUAUGUCUGUGAAACUAAUCUCCAAGAGGUGGAAGGGUUAAAGAAAAGAGAAUCUCUGACUCUAAUUGUGGAAGGAAAACCUCAAAUUAAAAUGACAAAGAAAACUGAUCCAAAUGGAUUGUCUAAAACAAUUACCUGCCACGUGGAAGGUUUUCCCAAGCCGGCUGUUCAGUGGACAAUCACAGGCAGUGGAAGCGUCAUAAACCAAACGGAGGAAUCUCCUUAUAUCAAUGGCAGGUAUUAUAGUAAAAUUAUCAUUUCCCCUGAAGAGAAUGUUACAUUAACUUGCACAGCAGAAAACCAGCUGGAGAGAACAGUAAACUCCUUGAAUGUCUCUGCUAAUGAAAAUAAAGAAAAAGUGAACGACCAGGCAAAGUUAAUAGUGGGGAUUGUUGUUGGCCUCCUCCUCGCAGCUCUUGUUGCUGGUGUGGUCUACUGGCUGUACAUGAAGAAAUCAAAGACAGCAUCAAAACAUGUAAACAAAGACCUGGGAAACAUGGAGGAAAACAAAAAGUUAGAAGAAAACAAUCACAAAACAGAAGCUUAAGAGAAAAAAAUUUUCCGAUUGCUGUUCCAGAGAAAAAAAACCAUAUAGACCAAUUGAAGCAUGAACGUGGAUUGUAUUUAAGACAUAUACAAAGACAUUGACAGCUAUUCAUGGUUCAAGUGUUAAGCAGUUCAUUCUACCAAGCUGUCACAAGAUUUUAGAAAAUUAUCUCAAGUAAAACAACAAAUAGAAAAAUUUAAGAAAAAACAAACAAAUUUUGGCAGCCAUGAUAAUAGGUCACUAUGUUGUGUUCUGUUUGAAUUUUUUUCUGUAAAUUUCUGCACUGAGGAUUUCUUUUUUUGUUUGCCUUUUAUGUAAAUUUUUUACGUAGCUAUUUUUAUACACUGUAAGGCUUUGUUCUGGGAGUUGCUGUUAAUCUGAUGUAUAGUGUAAUGUUUUUAUUUCAAUUGUUUUUUAUGGAUACUCUUUGAGCAGGUACAUUUCUGAUUCUGAUUGCUAUCAAUAACGCCUCAAAUUUUAUCACAAGUUCCUGAAACCCUAAGGUAGAAACUUGUGGCCAUGUGGUAGGGGCACCACAUGUUACUCUAUUCAAAGAUGUAAUUAUCUCUCUCAAUAUACACACACACACGCACAUACACAUCAGGUUGAAAAACACUAUUUCAAUGUACAUACAGCAAACUAACACCAGUCGAAACACAAGCAUACUAACAUAUAAGCAACAGGUUUCCUAAAAUGAAAUAGAUGCCUGUUGUCAAGAAACAACACCGAAUUGGGGGUAGUACUUACAUAUAGAGAUAGUUGCUGGGAAUAUUUCUUAAAAGAAAAAAAAGUAAAUCAAUCAAUAACAGUUUGGAAAAUCAUGGCUUAUAUCCCCAUUUCCAUUACUUAUAAUGUGACUGAAACUUCAAAUUGAUUUUGUAUCCUCUGGGUUUUCCACUGCCUUAAAAACACGCUUUUAUUUUCCUCUUUGAAGAAGAUAUCAGUCAGAAUUGGAGAUUUUUAACAGUGGUCAUUAUCAGAGCUGCGUUAUUUUCCACAGGAAUAGAAUAUAUAUUUUUUGUGUGUGUUUGUUUUUGUUAACUACGCUACAGAUAUUGAAUGCACCUUGAGAUAAUUUAGUGUUUUUAACUGGUACAUAAUUUAUCAAACAGUACAUGAAAGUGUAAUAAUGAAAUGUCUAUGUAUCUUUAGUUACAUUCAAAUUUGUAACUUUAUAAACAUGUUUUACGCUUGGACAUUUUUAGGAUGGUAGUAUAAAUGGAAACAUUUCGAGGUAGACUGGAUAUGGGCCAAUAGUGUAUUUGUGAUUAGCCUUUUCAACCUUUCCUCCUUCAUGCAGAAGCCUGGUUUCUGAAUAAACAUGAUACAGCCAUUUUUGGCCCUAGUGUAACAUAAUUUUGUGGACAAAUGACAUCAAAUUUCCAGUUAAAAAAACAAUUAUCCAGAGGGGAAGGGGAGACAAAAAAUGGAAACUGGUGACUCUUUUUUGAACAGACCAGUAAAAGUUUUUUUUAAUAGAAAUUAACAGACAAAUUAGAGAUUAAAUUCAAAUGGAAGUCAGGAAUGAUAUUUUGCCACUUCUGCAUUCUUUAGAAACACACUGUUAUUGUAAAUUUGUAAAAUGUCUGGGCAGUAGUGACUGAUGUCUUAAUAAAAGCUUCCUGUAGUACAUUGGUAUGGAUUAAAUACAUAUGAUGUCCUAUUAAACUCUAUAAUGUAUAAAAUAUUAGAGCGAAAAGAAAAUAUGCUAUAUUGCCUCUAAACUUUGAUUUAUUAAAGUUUUAUUUGGCAGGAAAAAAUUGAAUUUUGGUCAACAUUUAAACCAAAGUGAAAGGAAAAAAAAAAACCAAAGUAAUUUGUUUUGCAUGGCUAAGCCAUUCUGUUAUCUCUGUAAAUACUGUGAUUUCUUUUCCUUUUUUUUUUCUUUUUAGAGUUUUAAGGAAAUUCUAAAAUUUUUAAACACCUGUUUUCCGAAAUAAAACAUGAACACUAAAAAAAAGAAAUUACUUAUAUAUAAUUUUUUUUCUUUUGGUUGUGGGAGAUAAAGGCUGCAAAGUACAGCUGCUAAGAUACUUUUGCAGAAAGCAGCAAUGUGACACUAAGAAGAAAGGGUUAAAAACCACAAUACUUUGGCUUCACCUUGUGAUAGUUAACUAAUUCCAGAAAUAGCUGUCAAACCCUAGCGAGUGGGCCAUCUGAAGUGGCACGCUCCAGAACGAGAGCAGAAAGCAUGCAGGGACGGAGCGGACAACACUGUCCACUACAUCAAAGGUUGGAAGAAGAAAAAAGUUUGUGAAUCGAUAUCUACAUUGACAAUAUUGAGAAUGAAGAUGAACCAGUUCUCACCAUUUGAGGUUUCUUCUGCUCCAGCUUCUCUCCAGUUUAAUUCUUUGGCAACAGGAGGCAGGUUUUCCCAGCUCAAAGUUCACUCCCUGUCGGUGAUUACAGGAACUGUGUGUGGAAAUGGAUUAACAUGCCCAUCUAUGCCUAAAAGAUAAUAAAACUGAAGUAUGUCUUCAAA